AUGCGGAGGGCGGCGGCGUUGGUGCUGCUGGCGGCGGCGCUGAGCGGCCCCGGGGCCGGCGCUCGGAGCUGCCCCGCGCUCAGCCUGGGCUGUAAGUGCGCGGCCGAGCGGGCCAAGGCGGGCGGCGGCCCCGGAGCGCCCCGGAGGAGGGUGGUCUGCAGCGGAGCGGGGCUGCCCGCGCCGCCCGAGCCGCAGCUGCUGCCCGAGGGCACCGUCACGCUGCUGCUGGGCAACAACAAGAUCACGGUGCUGGAGAACGGCUCCUUCUUCGGCCUGCGGGCUCUGGAGAAGCUGGACCUGAAGAACAACCUGAUCAGCACAGUGCAGCCAGGCGCCUUCCUCGGCCUCCCCGAGCUGAAGCGGCUGGACCUCUCCAACAACCGCAUCGGCUGCCUCAGUGCCAGCGUCUUCCAGGGCCUCCACAACCUCCUCCGGCUGAACAUGUCUGGAAAUAUCUUCUCCAGCCUCCCGCCCGGUGUUUUUGACGAGCUCCCCUCGCUGAAAGUCGUGGACUUCGCCACCGAGUACCUGACGUGCGACUGCAACCUGCGCUGGGUGCUGCGCUGGGCCCGCGAGCGGCCGGCGCAGCUGUCGGAGCGCACGGCGUGCGCCUUCCCCGGGCAGCUGCGCGGCGUGGCGCUGCGAGGGGCGCGGGACGGGCAGCUCCGCUGCGCGGGAGCCCCGGAGCUGCACACGCACCAGCUGAUCCCGUCGCUGCGCCAGGUGGUGUUCCAGGGCGACCGGCUGCCCUUCCAGUGCACGGCCACCUACCUGGAUAACAGCACGCAGAUCCGCUGGUUCCACAACCGGCAGCCCGUGCGGGAGGAUGAGCAGACGGGUGUCAUCGUGGAGGAGAGUCUCAUCCAUGAUUGCACCUUCAUCACCAGCGAGCUCAUCCUCUCCAACAUCCACGUCUCCGCCAACGGCGAGUGGGAAUGCGCCGUGUCCACCUCGCAGGGCAACGUCAGCAAGAAGGUGGAGAUCGUGGUGCUGGAGACCUCUGCAUCCUACUGCCCUGCCGAGAGGGUCACCAACAACCGCGGGGACUUCAGGUGGCCCCGCACCCUGGCGGGGAUCACGGCCUUCCAGCCCUGCCUGCAGCACCCGUUCGCCGCGGGGCCGGCGGGCGCGGGCGCGGCGGGCGAGAAGCAGGCGUGGCGGCGCUGCGACCGCACCGGGCGCUGGGAGGACGGCGACUACUCCCACUGCCUCUACACCAACGACAUCACCCGCGUGCUCUACACCUUCGUGCUGAUGCCCAUCAAUGCCUCCAACGCCCUGACCCUGGCUCACCAGCUCCGCGUCUACACGGCCGAGGCAGCCAACUUCUCAGACAUGGUUGAUGUCCUCUACGUGGCCCAGAUGAUCGAGAAGUUUAUUGGCUACGUGGACCAGAUCAAGCAGCUGACAGACGUGAUCGUGGAGAUGGCCAGCAACAUCAUGCUGGUGGACGACCACAUCCUGUGGAUGUCCCAGAAGGAGGAGAAGGCCUGCUCCAGCAUCGUGCGCUCCCUGGAGAGGAUCGCGGCGCACACGCUGGGCAGCAACUCCCAGCACAUGGCAGUGAACUCUCGCAACAUCGCCUUCGAGGCGUACGUGGUGAAGCCCGAGAGCUACGUGGGGCUGAGCUGCGUGGCCUUCCAGCGGUGGGAUGGGACCCCGAGCCCCCCAGGACGGCCCACCCAGGCCGAGCGGGGGGCAGAGCCCACCCCUGACCAGCAGCUCCGGCUGCGCUGCACCACGGGGCGCCCCAACAUCUCCCUGAGCAGCUUCCACAUCAAGAACAGCAUCGCCCUGGCCUCCAUCCAGCUGCCGCCCACCCUGUUCUCCAGCCCCAUCCCAGCCACACCCGGGGCCGACUGCAAGCUCCACCUGCUGGUGUUCCGAAACGGGAAACUCUUCUGCAGCACCGGCAACUCCUCGCGCCUGGCCGACGAUGGCAAACGCCGCAGCGUGGCCACGCCGGUCAUCUACGCCGGGACCUAUGGCUGUGGAGUGGGGAACCUGUCCGAGCCGGUGGCCGUGUCCCUGCGACACCCCGGGGAGGGCACGGACCCCGUGGCUGCCUACUGGAACUUCGAGGUGCUGGGGGGCAUGGGGGGCUGGAGCGCUGAGGGGUGCCAGCUGGCUGCCCGUGAGCCCAACGUCACCUCCCUGCACUGCCGGCACCUCAGCAACGUGGCCGUGCUCAUGGAGCUCAGUGGCUUCCCCAGCGAGGCACAAGGCGCUGUGGAGGUGCUGCACCCAGCCAUGUACACCUGCACGGCCGUGCUGCUGCUCUGCCUCUUCACCACCAUCAUCACCUACAUCGUCCACCACGGCACCAUCCUCAUCCCGCGCAAGGGCUGGCACAUGCUGCUGAACCUGUGCUUCCACAUCGCCAUGACGGCCGCCGUCUUCGCGGGAGGCAUCACCCUCACCGGCUACCGGGCCGUGUGCCAGGCCGUUGGCAUCAUCCUGCACUACUCGUCGCUCUCCACGCUGCUCUGGAUGGCGGUGAAAGCCCGAGUGCUCUACAAGGAGCUGAGCUGGAAGGCGCCGCAGCAGCCAGACAGGGAUGCGUCCCAGGCAGCCCCCAGACCCAUGCUGCGGUUCUACCUGAUCGCUGGUGGCAUCCCCCUCAUCAUCUGUGGGAUCACAGCAGCUGUCAACAUCCAAAACUACCACGACAACAACCCCUACUGCUGGCUGGUGUGGCGGCCCAGCCUGGGCGCCUUCUACGUCCCCGUGGCUUUCAUCCUGCUCGUCACCUGGAUUUAUUUCCUCUGUGCCGGGCUCAGCCUCCAGUGCCGCCCCUCGCACCAGAAGGACAUCCCGGAGCCGCUGGAGCCCCCGCCGCGACUGGGGGCCACCGGUGACCUCCUGACAGACUCUGGCUCCAUCUCGGUGACGCUGAACUCGGGGCCACCCUGCCCUGAGGGGGACGGUGUGUACUCCCUGCAGGUGCAGUUCUGGGCUCUGGUGGCCACCCACGCCCUGUACGUGGCCCUGUGGACGUUCGGCGCCAUGGCCGUGUCCCAGCGCUGGUACCUGAGCAUCGUCUUCAGCUGCCUCUACGGCGUCACCGCCGUGGCGCUGGGGCUCUUCAUCUUCAUCCAUCACUGCCUGCGCCGCCGGGACGUGCUCAGCUCCUGGUUCUCGUGCUGCCCCUCGUACCGCAACGCGCUGCCCAUGCAGGCCUACGUGCACCCCGGGCUGGGGCCGGAGGACGGCUCGCAGGUCUUCAUCGGCUGCGAGCCGGAGGCCGCUCGCUCCGGAGCCUCCUCAUCCUCCUCACCCAGCAGCGCUGGCUCUGCCGGAGGCCGCUGCAAGCUCACCAACCUGCAGGUCGCCCAGAGCCAGGCGGAAUCGCGGCCGCCGCCCUGCCCGGAGCCGGACACUGCCGAUGGGAAGCCAGUCAGGCACAGCAGCAACGUGCACGGCCGCAGGAGCCACCGCGGCAGGACGAAGCCGUGCCGCGACGGGAAGCACCACCGCUUGAAAAUGCUGCGGGGCCCCUCGGAGCACCCGUCCAGCGAGAGCGGCAGCCUCCACAACAGCCACUCCGAGAGCUACCCCAGCGGCAGGACCAGCCCGGCCAGGAUGGGGAUGCCGCAGGACGGGGAUGCGCUGCCCAGCCCCUCGGAGGGCAGCGAUGGAGGGAGGAGGAUGGCCGACAUCAGCGAGGCUCGCCGGAGGAGCGGCAGCCGGGACAACCUGCGGCCGGGUGGAGCUGAGAGGGAGGCGAAGCGGCGCUCGUACCCCCUCAACGUGGGCAGCCACAACGGCGGCCUCAAGGGCAGCAAGUACGACAUCAACCUGGCCAGCGCCGACAGCGUGGCCGGCAUGAAGACCGGCCUGUGGAAGAGCGAGACCACCGUGUGAAGGUGGGGAAGGA